AUGAUAGAUAAUUUGUGUUUGUUAAUCGCAAUUAUUGCUAUCACGUAUCUUUGGAAGAAGAUAAGAAGCAGUGAACCUAACAAAGUUAAAUUCUAUUCAAACUUUUUUAUAUUUUAUUUUUAUGGAUCUUUGCUAGCAAGCUUAGUUUGGCCUUUAUUUUUGUUUAGGCCAAGAAAUGUUGACAAUGCCGAAUUCGGAGCAUGGCUCAUAAAACCAGUAACUAAAAUAUUGAACAUAAAAUGGCAUCUGCGCAACGGUGAAAUAUUGUCAAAAAAGGAAGGAGCUGUUAUUGUUUCUAACCAUCAGUCAUCACUUGAUGUUUUAGGACUAUUUAAUAUUUGGGAUAACAUAGGUAAGUUAGCGCCAAUAGCAAAGAAGGAGGUGUUUUACGUUUGGCCAUUCGGUUUAGCUGCAUAUCUUGCUGGAGUGGUAUUUAUAAAUCGAAACAAUGCAAAAGGUGCAUAUAAACAACUUAAAAUUACAUCAGAAGUUAUGGUCAAAAAUAAGACAAAGAUAUGGUUGUUCCCUGAAGGAACUAGAAAUAAAGAUUGCAGUCAGCUGUUGCCAUUUAAGAAAGGUGCAUUUGCAAUCGCUGUCGCUGCUCAGAGACCGAUUAUUCCCGUAGUCUUCUCUCCAUACUAUUUCAUUGAUAAAAAAAAGUAUAUCUUCAAUAAAGGACAUAUAAUUAUUCAAUGUAUGGAGCCAGUAUCAACAGAGGGAUUAACAAUGGAUGACUUGCCAGAGCUCGUAGAACAAAUAAAGAAUGAUAUGGAGAAAACCUACAAAGAACUUUCGAAAGAAGUUUUCAGUAAUUUAGUACCCGAAAACUCAAAUUUUAUAGACCACAAUAAUGCUAAUGGA